UGGCCGCGCUGGUGUGGCGGAGGAGGCUCGGUUUGCUCGCCCGGCCGCCAUGACCGCGCACAGCUUCGCGCUGCCGCUGAUCCUCUUCUCCGCCUUCUGGGGCCUCGUGGGCGUCGCCGCGCCCUGGUUCGUGCCCAAGGGGCCCAACCGCGGGGUCACCAUCACCAUGCUGGUCACCGGCGCCGUCUGCUGCUACCUCUUCUGGCUCAUAGCCAUCUUGGCUCAGGCAAACCCCCUGUUUGGGCCCCAGCUGAAGAAUGAGACCAUCUGGUAUGUGCGCUUCCUGUGGGAGUGACCUGUGUCCAGCCCAGAAGGUACCAGGAAGGAGAUGAGAUCACCACCCAUCUAGCAUGCUCCUUCUGAAAUCCAGAUGUUGCCCCAUCCUCCGCACCCUCCAGUGCCGUCCUGCCAGAGCUGGACCCCAGGUCAGACCAGCUGCAGCACCACACCUGAGCCACUGCAUCGAGGAACCAAAAAGCAAAGGGCCACCUGUGCAGCCUGUCUGAGGCGUGACCCCCCACCCCAAGAUGGGCCCUGAGGAGUAGGGGUUCCCCUAGCAGAGCUGGGCCCAAGCUCCCCUUUCUGAGCCAGGCGCUGCAGAGGGAAGUCCCACCUCCUUAGCAUGGGAGAGAUUCUGAAGUGGCUGGUUGAGCUCUGUGGUUCCCAAGGAAUUGGCUGGUGCUGAAGCCCACCCCUGCCCCUUCGCUUAAAGGACAGAUGCAAGGACCCUGAUGUGCUGCUGAUCAAGCAUGGGAGCAGCACCAGUUGCCUCUGUUUAGCCCUUAAAGCGGGGAGUGGAGAUCUGAGUUUAACCUCAUGGUUCCUGUUGCAUGAAAUCCUGCCCCCAAACCAGACCGCCCUAGAAUCUUAGGCCUCUUCUGGGCCUGGCAGCCCCUAUCCUCUGGCCUGUGCAUGUGAGAACCAGAACCCGAGACAUCCUCGGGGUGCUACCUGGGCCCCUGGAGCAGCAUCCCUGCUUUCAAGAGAGGUUCUGAUUGGUGGCCAUUGCUGACUAUUUCUGGGGGGUGGGGGGGAGUCCUGAGGAUAGGAUGCUGACAUGGGGAGGGAGUGCUCUGCUAGAAGUCAUGGUGAGUGGGUAGGUCAGGGUGGGACUCUCCUGUGUCAGUCUAGAGGGAGAGGACUCCUCUUUCCCUCCCCCUGAGAGAGGUCCUGG